CUCAGUCCUAAAAUCGGCUUCUUUCAGUCUCUCUUUCUCUUCCCCCACCUUUCCCCCCUUCCUUCCUUCCUCCCCUCCCUCUCCACUCAAACUCAAACAGAAACGGUCACUUUUUUGGAAGAGGCUGCUUAUGUCUUGCAGUAAACUCAAGAAGGAGGGAGGAAUGACACAGGAGAGAGAGAGAGAGAGGGCCAAAAAAAUGUUUGUCUUCAGCUCCAAGAAUUCUACACUCCCUUCUAGCAGGGCCCUGUGAUUGGCCGCCGGGUAGCCUUGCAGUAGGACGGCCUACUUCCUGGUGAAGUCCAGCGGUUUGCUGUUUAACCUCUCUGCACUGACCGCCACCCUCCCGACAGGCUUCCCACCCCCACCAUAGGGAGCGCCAAAACAACGUGCAUUCAGCCUUGGCUCCGAGGUGCUAUUCCAAAUCUACCUGGCUCACAAUCAGGCCGGAGCUGGCAGGAAUGCUAUGGAAAAAAACUGUCAGCCUGAUAAGAUAGAGCCUGGGAUCGUUGUGCCUGUGCCGAAAAGUUUGCAGUCGACUUUGGAGGAAGAGGAGGAGGAGGAGGAGAAGGAGGAGGCGCCCACAGACGAGGGGUGCAGGAGUGUACAGCUGUGCACGGCCAGCAGUGUGCAGAGCCAGUGACAGAGCAGGGGAGAGCAGCUGGACAUCGGGACGCAGAGGGACCGCAGGAGACCAGAGAAAGAAGCUCAAAAAUGCUCUCCGUUGCUGCCACCAUUCUCCGCCACGGGGCCGUGAGAUGCCGGUGUGGCCAGCGUGCCAUGGCAACGGUUAUCUCCGGCAACAAGACGUCACAGCUGGUGAGGGAGAGGCUGAAAACAGACGUGGCUGAGAUGAGGAGCCAUUUCCCAGGCUUCAGGCCAGGCUUGGUUGUGCUCCAGGUGGGCGACAGGGACGACUCCAAUCUGUACAUCAGUAUGAAGCUGAAGGCUGCGGCAGAGAUUGGAAUCAGUGCCAACCACAUCCGGCUGCCAAGCACUGCCACAGAAGAGGAGGUGUUGCGAAGCAUUGUGUCCGUUAACGAGAACCCUGCAGUGCACGGCCUGAUUGUGCAGUUACCUCUGGAUUCAGUCAACCCCAUCGACACAGAGAAGGUGACCAACGCAGUGGCUCCAGAGAAGGAUGUUGAUGGCCUCACUAGCAUCAAUGCGGGGAAGCUUUCCCGUGGGGACCUGGGAGACUGUUUCAUCCCCUGCACACCAAACGGCUGCAUGGAGCUCAUUGCCCAGGCAGGUGUAUCUGUGGCUGGGAAGAACGCGGUGGUGAUCGGGCGGAGCAAGAUCGUGGGAGCCCCCAUGCACGACCUCCUGCUGUGGAGCCACGCAACAGUCACCACCUGUCACUCAAAGACCCGGGAUCUGGCAGCACAGGUGGGCCGGGCGGACGUCCUGGUGGUGGGCGCGGGAAAGGCUGAGAUGGUGAAGGGGGACUGGGUGAAGGAGGGGGCCGUGGUCAUCGAUUGCGGGAUCAAUCACAUUCCAGACAGCAGUAAGCCCAGCGGGAAACGUGUGGUCGGGGACGUCCACUACGCCUCCGCUAAGGAGCGGGCAGGGUUCAUCACCCCAGUGCCAGGAGGCGUGGGUCCAAUGACAGUGGCCAUGCUGAUGGAGAACACAGUUCAGAGUGCCAAGCGGUUUCUGAAUUCAUAUCGUCCAGGGAAGUGGAACAUUACAUACAUCAAACUGAAACCGGUGCGUCCAAAGCCAAGUGAUGCUGCAAUUUCCCAGGCGUGUGCUACCAAGCCUGUCAUGAAGCUUGCCAGGGAGAUGGGCCUGUUCUCGGAGGAAGUGGAGCCGCACGGACGCCACAGGGCCAAGGUCCAGCUGGACGUCCUGACGCGCAUGAGAGCACAGCCUGAUGGGAAAUAUGUGGUGGUCACAGGAAACUUGGAAUUGACAAAAUGGACCCUCUGACACUAACUGACAAGGAGAUAAGACAAUUUGUGAAACUGGACAUUGAUCCUCUCAAAGUGUCUGUGGACAAGCUCAGCCACAACAUAGGGAAUGAAAUCAUGGCCAUCUUGGCUUUAAGCACAAGCAUUCAGGACUUGCAGGAGCGCCUGGCUAAAAUGGUGGUAACCAGCGACUGCUCUGGAGAACCUGUCACCACGGAAGACCUGGGUGUCACAGGUGUGUUGACCGUCCUUCUCAGAGAUGCAUUGAAACCCUGCUUGAUGCAAACAGUGGAGGGGAGUCCAGUGUUUAUUCACACAAGCCCAUCUUCUGACAUCGCUCAUGGCAACUCGUCCAUCCUGGCCGACAAAAUGGCCUUGAAACUGGUGGGGCCUGCAGGUUUUGUGGUGACUGAAGCCGGCUGCGGUGCAGAAAUUGGUCUGGAGAAGUUCUUCAACAUUAAGUGCCGAUAUUCAGGCCUGCAGCCGGAUGUGACGGUGAUGGUGGCUACUGUCCGUGCUCUCAAGAUGCACGGAGGAGAUCAGAAGAAUGUGAACCGAUUGGAGUUUGGCUGUAGCCAUUUAAGAAGACAGAUUGAAAAUGCAAGAGCUUAUGGAUUACCAGUGGUGGUAGCCAUCAAUAUGUUUUGCUCUGACACAGAGAAUGAGUUGGAGAUGGUCUCUGCCCAGGCCAGGUUAGCUGGGGCUUUUGAUGUGGUGAGCUGCACUCAUUGGGCUGAGGGGGGCGCUGGCGCCGUGGCUCUGGGAAAGGCUGUGCAGAGAGCUGCAGAAGUCCCACAUCCAUUUAAGUACCUCUACCCCCUGGAGAUGUCCAUUGAAGAGAAGAUUCGCACGGUGGCCCAGAGAAUGUAUGGAGUCAAAGACAUACAGCUAUCAGCGCAAGCACUGAACAAGAUCAGACUUUAUACGAAACAGGGGUUGGCAAAUUUGCCGAUCUGUGUUGCCAAGACCCACCUGUCACUGAGCCCUGAACAGGGGAGGACGGGAGUGCCCAAAGACUUCACCCUGCCCAUCGUGGACAUCCAGCCUAAUGUGGGAGCCGGGUUCCUGUGUCCUGUGGUCAACAAUAUGACUCCAUCGCACAGACUAAUAUGGCCCUGUUACCAUGACAACGACCUCUAUUCCGUCAUGCAAUAGGUUCAGACCCCAAGGUUUGGUCAGCCAUUGAGGUACAACUCCCCCUGGCACCUGGCCCUUGAAGAGAAUGGAUGUUUCCACUCUUCCAUCUAUCCCUUGAUUGAUUCAGUAAAGCGCAGACCUUAGCAAGCAUGGCUCAUGCUUUUGAAGACUGGAAGACCGUCACAGACACAAACACUUGCAACACACCCACUGUGCUAUUGUGAGGUCAAAAUCCUCCACAAACCCAUUUUCUUGAAUACCCACAUGAGGAAGAUGUCUAGAAAGAACACAUGAAGCAUCCCAUUCACUUGGAAAAUGGGCAGUGGUUCUGCUGUUCAAUUUUAUUUCCACUUGAGUGAGUGUGUUUAUUUCAGCGCUACCUGCUACUCCACCUAGCCUGUUGUCAUUACAUACUGGAAUUGUAUAACUGUCCCUCAGUGGCUCCCACUUCCAGAAUCGCAACAACACUUCUCUGGGAUCUGCCAUUGUGGAUAAAGCUGCUCCGAUGGAUUACACUGCUUGUCUGUUGCAGUUUCAAAGGAACUGAAAGUUGCAUAAGUCCUAAUACUGUGUUACCCUGGGAUAAGAGGAAACUGAUUGCUGUGAAGAAAUCCAUGUCAUGUCAUGUUCCUUUUGCCGGAGGAAAGCAACAAAAAAGAGCCUUUAGUUAACUAGUCUGUUUUUUGAACAUUAGUUCAAGCAAAACAUAUCCUAGCUUGCUGUGAUUAAACCCUGUUUAUGUGAUAUUGACAAAGGUGAACGUAAUAAAGUCACAAACUCUGAUAAAACACUUGAUAUUUGCAAGGUUCCUCUAGCUAAUCUGAAUUAUACAAGGUUUUUGAGUGAUGUGUACUUUUUGAAAUGACAGUAUUAUCACAAAAUGAAGCUAUAUUCUUUUAAUUUAUCUCCUGCUUGGGUCACCUGUGUUAUACACAUUCUCUCUCUCUCUCUCUCUCUCUCUCUCUCUCUCUCUCUCUUCCUCACACACACAUAUAACACACACACACACAAAUACACAUUUUGGAGUGUCAUUGUGUAUCUUUUUCCCUCAAACUUAAUCUCUAGGUGACCUUUGAUAAAAAAUUUUAAAAAAAGCGAUUGCUGUUGCUAUGGCUACAAAGCAAAAGGUGUGAUUGUAUUAUUAGACUCUGGCUAAUUAGUGUCAGUGUUUAUUUUAAGAAUGCUUACAUGAACAGACUGAGACCAAAUUCACAGCGCUUGAUGGGCUUAAAGACCUCGGGCCACAUGUGACAUAAAUGGCAUGAAAUGAUCAUAAUGGAAUUGCAGUGAUGUGUCUUUGUGAUGCGUCUUGUGUGAGAGUCCCAGGUGUUAUGUCUGGUCACAAACUGCUCUUGCAAUAAUGCGCCUUAUGCAUGGAAGGCUCUUUAGCCAGCCAAAAUGUUUCUGGUGGAGCGUCAGCUGUGUUGUAACAGCAUCUUCUGUUAUAUUCUGCUCCUUACAUGUUCAGUCCGGCACUGAAUAUUUUGUUUAUGCCCCAUAGGGCAGCUCUUUAUGCAACUUUGACACAAAUCCUGCAUUGUAACACGCUCAUUCAUUAGGUGCACACCCAACCGGGUGCGUGUAGACAGGUAUGCUUACCAUUAACAAUAGCCACUGCAACACCUGAGGCUCCACCGGAAAUAAAUGUGCUGGCCAAAGAGCCUUAGCAGAAGUGGUCUGUCUUGUGCCUUAUUACAGCAAUGCAUCACAAGUUGCUUUUAUAGAUGAUUUAAUCAAAUUGAAGCAGACUUAUUACAUUGCUAAGAGGUGUUUUUAACUUUUUUAAAUUAGAUAGUUUUGGUGGAGUGCCUUGUGUAAUGAAACAUUUUCUUCAUACAUCUGUUUGCAACUUCCUAAAGACAUGUUUUUUUUACAUAUGAAAAUAUAUAAAGAUUUACAGUCA